AGCUAAAAUGCGCCACUUUCCAUUUUUCUUUCCCUCCUUUCAUUUGCUUUUUUUUUUUUUGUCUCCAAUUGCUUUCCUUCAACAACACUUCCCAAAGCCUUUUCUCCUCACCUCUCAUUUGUUUCUGUUCUUUCAUGAUCUGCCAUGAAACCUUAGGGCUCCUCAAGUUGAUCCUCUCGUGACUUAGAAACUGAAUUUCCUCUUCAUUUCAUUUUUAUGCGUUCGUUUCUCAGAUUGAUUCCCUAACCAACAACAAUUCGUCUUUGUUUGUGACCGGAUGUGCUCCACCGGCGUUCCAUGGCUUCUCCGGCAACAACUACUCAUCUCAACUUCUCCUCCUCUUCCUCUCUCCCCCAGUCUCAGAGGUCAUCACUGAGGUUCAGUAGGAAUCGGAUAAAAUUUUGUUAUAGCACAAAUCAGAAGAGAAGAUCUCAUCCCCUGAAGGUUGUCCAGUCAGUCCUGAAUAACUGCAAGUCUAAUUUAAACGACAAUGGAGCAAGUGAGGAAGCAAAACUGCUUCUGGAGAGAUUGUAUGCUCAGACACAGAGAUUGGAAGAACAUGUAAGCAAAGAUCCUCACUUCCCACGAGAUGUAUGGCUAGGGCUCAGUCUUGAAAAUCUCGAGUCUGAUCUCCAGGCUGCAUUGGCAGUAUUGAAAAAGAAAGAAGAAGAUCUACAAGAUGCAAAAAGAACGAUUCUAUUAGAACGAAGUCAAUUAAACAAUGCAAGGGAGAAGUUGGAGAAACAGGAGGAAGAAAUUACUGUUGCUUAUCGUAAACAGCAAGAAUUAGAAGAUGAGCUUAAACAAGCAAAUCUAAACUUAGCUUCUCAAGCUAGACUGAUUGACGAAUUAAAACUACAAAUUAGGGAGAAAGACGAGGGGAUUGCUGCAGUUGAAUCUGCCCUUGCUUUGAAAGAAGAUGAGUUGAAGAGAAUGGGAGCUGAUUUGGCCAUGAAGAGUGAAGAAGCUUUAAAGACAAACUGUGAACUUAAAUCUAAGUCCCAGCUUCUGACGGAAGCCAACAAAGUCGUGAAAAGACAAGAAGUUGAGCUACAAAUGCUUAAAAAGGCUGUGGUAGAGAAAGAAAAAGAACUUGAACUUUCUGUAAAGCUGCAAAAACUUGAAAUGGAGAGAGUGGAAGUUGUAGAGAAAAAUUUGGAGAAGAGGACCAUGGAAUGGUUGUUAGCACAGGAAGAAUUGAAGAAAAUGAAAAAAGAGGCAUCUAAGCAAACAGUAGAGAUGAAUAAAACCGUGAACGACUUCAACCGUGUAAAGAAGCUUCUCGCCGAUGUAAAAAGUGAGUUGGUUUCUUCUCAAAAGUCUCUUGUGUCCUCCAGAAAGAAAAUUGAAGAACAAGAAGAUAUUCUUAAGAGGCAAAUGGCAGAACUUGAAGAACAAAAGAAGGGUAUCAAUACAUAUAUGUCGAGUCUAAAAGAUGCUCAAAUCGAAGUAGAGAGUGAAAGAGUAAAGCUUAGAUUCGUAGAGGCUCAUAACAAGGAGCUCGAGCGUGACUUGUUGAAGGAAAAGGAGCUCACUGAUGAGCUACAGCAACAACUGAAGAGAGAGAAAUCCUAUCUCCAGCAGGCAACUGAGGAGAAAUCACUUCUACAGAAUGAGCUAGAGCAUAAACAUAUCGAGUUCGAGAAAACUCACAAACUCCUUCAAGACAAAGCGUCGGAGUUGGUCGAGGCCAAGUUAGAGAUCCAGCAUUUGAAAUCCCAACAGGUUUCUCUUCAACUUCUUCUGGAGGAGAAAGACUUGGAAAUACUUGAUGCACAAAAGAAAAUCGAGAAUUUAAAUCAGGAAAUCAUUGAGUUACAAACACUUAUGAGUAGUAAAGAGGCCCAGCUUGAUCAGACAACUGCUAUGCUGAAAGAGAAAGACGAGCGUGUUGAGAUAAUGCAGAACGAACUAAACGAUACAAAGCUCAAAAUUUCCGAAGCUGAAGCAGCAGUAGAACACAUUGUGGAUCUCACAAAUAAAUUGGUGAUCUCCAUCAAAGACGGCGACGACGACAACAGCGUUUUGAAACUGAACGAAAAUCUUAGCCUCAAUCUACAGCAGCAGUUAUUCAAGAAACCUACCGAUAACUUAAGACUACAGAAGAAACAGCUCGAAACUGAGCUAGAACUCACCAAGGAAAGCUUGAGACGUAAAGAAAUGGAGAUUCUAGCUGCAGAAAGAUCCCUGACGGUUAAAGACGAGGAACUAAAGACCGUUCAGGAAAGAUUAGAGGCAAAGGAGAAAGAAUUUGAGAAGAUGAAGGAAGAGAUGGAUGAAGAAACGAAGCAUCAUACAUUGCCACAAGACAAUGCUGGAGGAGAGGACAACAAAAUUGGAGGAGACUUGGAAAUUGAAAGGCUUCAAUUUGAAGCUGCUCAGUUAGAGAUCGAAGCAGCUACUAGCGCUCUUCAAAAACUCACGGACAUGAGCCGAGAUCUUCUGAAUAAAGCUGGUCGUAGCCUCGAGGCCGAUAUCGAAUCAAGAAGCAUUCAUAUUCAGCAGCACGACGACUAUAACGAUGGCGUUGAUGACAUUGAUAAUAAUAACUCAAGAUUCAAUGAAGUGAAGGUAGAAGUUUCCCGUCUUUCAUCUCUAACUGAACAGCUCUUGAAAGAAGCUGGUAUAUUUGUUGAUGCGGAUUAGUGGAGGCUUAUUGAAAUGAAUAAAAGGAAGGUUUGGUGUAAAA